GAGGCAUAGGUGUUGUUGUUGCAGUUUUGCCCAGUGUUUAGUUACUCAUACCACAAUGGAGCUUCUCAAGUGGCUGUUUGGUGUUGUUUUGGUUUGUGAUGUUACUGCCCAGCGUCAUUGGCUUCAGCAUCUGCAGAAACCCCAACCUCCUCUUUCUUCACAGCUGCCUCGCCCACAGUCGAAGGUUCCUCCACCUGCAGCUCCCUUCGAUAAAUGCCAGGUGGAGGAGGGUGAGAAGAUCCAGUGUGGGACCCAAGAUAUCACCACUGAACAGUGUGAAAACAUAAACUGCUGCUUUGAUGGGCAGCAGUGCUACUAUGGGAAAGCAGUGACUGUACAGUGUACCAGGAAUGGCCAGUUUGUGGUGGUUGUGGCUCGAGAUGUCACUGUGCCCCACAUAGAUGUGGAUUCAGUCAGCCUGCUAGAAACAAAUGACCACUCCUGUACCCCUGCUGGCUUCACCUCUGCUUUUGCAGUCUUUCAAUUCCCUGUGACUGCAUGUGGUACUACAUUCAAGGAGGAAGAGGGUUACGUGGUGUACGAGAACCACAUGUCUUCAUCAUAUGAAGUGGGAAUUGGACCCCGAGGAGCAAUCACCAGGGACAGCCAUUUUGAGUUGUUAUUCCAGUGUAGGUAUUCAGCCACAGCUGUGGAAGCUAUUGUCAUGGAGGUUAAUGCUGUUCCUCCACCUGUGCCGGUUGCUGCUGCAGGACCCCUCAGAGUGGAGCUGAAACUGGGCAACGGACAGUGUAUCACUAAGGGCUGUGUGGAGGAAGAGGCAGCAUAUAGCUCCUUCUACACUCCAGAAGACUACCCAAUCACUAAAGUGCUGCGGGAACCUGUCUAUGUUGAGGUGACCAUCCUGGAGAGGUCUGACCCAAACAUCAUCCUGAAUCUGGAGCACUGCUGGGCCACUUCCACCCCAAAUCCUAACAGCCUGCCACAAUGGGACCUUCUGGUUGAUGGGUGUCCCUACCAUGAUGACCGUUACUUAACCAAAGUGGUGCCAGUGGCCAGCUCCCCUGGACAUAACCCAACGCACUACAAACGGUUCAUAGUUAAAAUGUUCACGUUUGUGGAUCAAAACACCUUUACUACUCAGAAAGAUGCGAUGUUCAUCCAUUGUGCUACAGCAGUAUGUUAUCCCAGCAGCACAAACUCCUGUGAACAGCCAUGCCACCGGCAACGAAGAGCUGCAGCUGCAGAGAGUACUCUGUCCUCAAGUCAGAGGGCUCUAGUCUCAAGCGGCGAGGUGAUCCUGACUGAGGAUAAGACUAUGUCUGCUCCCAACACCAAAUCAAAGAGAUGACGAGCCACUGGCAGCCAUAUCGGACUGACUUUUAAUAAAAGGUUGUGCUUACAACUGAA